AUUUCUUGCUGGGUAAUGCCCAGGGCCACCGUGGCUACCCCAUCGUUUACUGCUCUGAUGGGUUCUGCGAACUGACAGGCUACACCCGUACUGAGGUGAUGCAGAAAAACUGCACCUGCCGCUUCUUGCAUGGUGCUGACACCUGCGAACAUGUGGCCCAGCAGAUAGAGAAGGCUCUGGAAGGACGAGAGGAAUACCAGGCCGAGGUCCACUUUUACAACAAAAAUGGUGCGGCCUUCUGGUGUCUGUUGGACAUUGUGCCCAUAAAAAAUGAAAAGGGCGAAAUGGUUCUCUUCCUCUUCUCAUUCAAGGACAUCAGUGACACCUAUGGAAAGGGACACCACAGCAGCAGGAGGGAGGAAGACAACGGGUGCAGGAGGAAGAGCAGCUCUCACUUCCGGGUGGCUCGGAAACACAGACGUACCAUGUUGUACCAGCUGACGAGCCGCUUCUCAAGAGGGGGUAAAGAAGACGUCAACCUAAGUGGGACAAUGGUGGACAGGCCCUCUGUACCAGAGUACAAGGUGGCUGCAGUGCAGAAGUCCCGCUUCAUCCUGCUCCACUACAGCGUAUCAAAGGCUCUUUGGGACUGGCUCAUCCUGCUUGCUACCUUCUAUGUAGCUGUCACUGUACCCUACAACGUCAGCUUCUCUCCACAUGAUGACUCCAUCCCUGCUUCUCGCUCCACCAUCGUCUGUGACAUCUUGGUGGAAAUGCUCUUCAUUAUUGACAUCAUACUGAACUUUCGUACCACCUAUGUGAGCCAGUCGGGUCAGGUGGUGUAUGAGGCACGCUCUAUCUGCAUUCACUAUGUCACCACUUGGUUCUUUGUGGACCUUGUUGCUGCCUUGCCCUUUGACCUACUCUAUGCCUUCAACAUCACAGUGACCUCUUUAGUCCACCUGCUGAAGACGGUUCGUCUUCUGCGUCUCCUUCGACUUCUUCAGAAGCUUGACCGAUACUCUCAGUACAGCGCCAUGGUCCUGACCUUGCUGAUGUCUGUGUUUGCCCUGCUGGCGCACUGGAUGGCCUGCAUCUGGUACAUGAUUGGUCGCAAAGAAUUACUAACCAAUGAAACCUGGCAAAUAGGAUGGCUCCAUGAACUGGGCAAACGUCUGGAGACUCCAUACAUCAACAGUACAGUGGGCGGCCCGACGGUCCGAAGCUCCUACAUCGCUGCUCUCUACUUCACCCUCAGCAGCCUAACCAGUGUGGGCUUCGGUAAUGUCUGUGCCAACACCGACGCUGAGAAGAUAUUCUCCAUCUGCACCAUGCUCAUCGGUGCUCUGAUGCACGCUGUUGUCUUUGGUAAUGUGACGGCUAUAAUCCAGCGCAUGUACUCACGCCGUUCUCUCUACCACACGCGAAUGAACGACAUGAAGGACUUCAUUCGUGUUCACCGUCUGCCCCAGCAGCUUAAACAGCGGAUGCUGGAGUACUUCCAGACCACAUGGUCCGUCAACAACGGCAUAGAUGCCAACGAGCUCCUCCAUGACUUCCCAGAUGAGCUCCGGGCCGACAUCGCCAUGCAUUUGAAUAAGGACAUCCUUCAGCUGCCAGUUUUUAAGGGGGCCAGCCGUGGCUGUCUGCGCUCACUCUCCCUUCACAUUAAAACCUCUUUCUGUGUACCUGGGGAGUACCUGAUCCGUCAGGGUGAUGCUCUGCAUGCCAAUUACUUUGUCUGCUCUGGUUCCCUAGAAGUGCUGAAGGACAACAUGGUGCUGGCUAUUUUAGGAAAAGGGGAUUUGAUCGGAUCUGAUCUGCCUGGAACAGACCAGGUGAUAAAGACAGAUGCAGAUGUGAAGGCUCUCACCUACUGUGAUCUCCAGUACAUAAGCAUUCGUGGUUUGAGAGAGGUGCUGGAGCUCUACCCUGAGUAUGGCAGCGUGUUUACCACCGACAUCCACAACAACCUGACCUACAACCUACGUGAAGGCAGCCAGGAUGAGGGCUUAAAUAGAUUCUGCAAGUCACCAAGACUUCCCCAUCAGUCACCAAAGCUCCCCUCUAUUGUGGAGACGAAGACUGAUGACCCCGAUGAUGCCUUCCAGCUCUCUCCAGCAACACGCUCCAGACGCAAUCUAUUGCUACCUAAUUUCACCAGCCCAGUUCGCCGUACCUCUCUGGGAAACCUGUUAGGUGACGAACUGCGGCAGUUCAAUGCUCUGAGACGUUGCCGUUCACCAAACCUCAGUCGAGGAUUCCUUGGACAAAGCUUAUCACCUCAACCACCUUCAAAGAAAGAACACAGCACCAAUAUAUCCACUCCAUCUCAGUCUUCAACUACAGCCAAGGGAGAGUCGGAGACUGACCAAAAGCCGGCAAAGUUGCUUAUCCCAACAGUCACAUGUUUUCCACCACCAGACCUUAGUCCCAGGGUUGUAGAUGGCAUCGAAGACAACGGGCACACGUUCCACUUCACCGUGGAGCACAGCAAGCCUAACUCCAGAACAGGUGGCAUCAACCAAGAAAACCCACAAUCAAAUGCCACUUUGCUGCAGGAGACGGAGGACGUCAAAGAAAGCAUAGUUCAGUUAAAUCUUAAGGUGGGGACGUUAAACCACGAAGUAUCAGAACUAACCAAGAGCCUUCACCACAUGAUGAAUCUCCUCCAGGCUCACAUGUCUCUGAAUCACCACCAGAAAACCUCCUUCCUUUCAAGUCCUCAGCCUGUUCAUACAUUGUCCAGUCCUAUAUCCUCGGCCCACUGCAUUUAUACCAGUCCCCAAAGUCUCAAAACCUAUGGACACCAAAGUGAACCAGCUGCUGUGCACUGGAGCUACAGCAAAACUCCUGCGUCCCAUAAAGACAGCCGCCAUUCUGCAAUACCAAUCACUAAUGCUUGUCUGAGGCUAUCAGAAAACUCAUCGCCUAAGUUAGGACCAUACCACAGCACGGAGAGCAUGACUUCACCAGUAUGGACCAGCCCAUCUCUGUUUCAUAUCAAUCCAAGCUACAGCGGUGGAAGUCCUAAGCUAGGAUGUCAUGCAAAUCAGGAUGAGCCCAGGCCUCUUGGUUCUGGUCCAAGUUCCAUCAGUCAGUCGCAUCCCACCUUAUGUUUGCACACUUCCAGUGACAGUGAUGAAUUCUCCAGCCUUUUGUACACUGCUCCUGCAGGUACAUCCACACACAGUUUGCUCGAGCCGUCAUCUAAAACUUCUGGUGAGCUACUGGGUCACAAUCCAGCCCAAGACUCCUCGAUCUUCCAGAUCCAUGACUCGCAAUCCUCUCUACCCUUUGAAGCUUCCUCAGCUACAGCUUUAGCCUGCCAGCCGUCCGUCUCCUCUCUAGAUUCAGGAUCACCACAGCUGGAUGCUUCAGCGGCCUGUCUCACACUGAGCAACCCCUCUGCUUCAAAGCACACCAGUUUGGAGUGUCUGCUGGGCAACAGGGACUCUAUGGAAAGUAGGGACAGCGAGAGCAUUUCAUCACGAAGGUCCAGCAUUGGUGGUCAAACUCAGAGUACUGAGCAGUCAUGGUGCCUGGACCUCACAGACUGAAACAUAGUGCAUUCUCACUUUAUCACCAUCCAACCUCAUACAGUGUUUAAAAUAUCUGAGCUUCUUGUACCCAUCGUAACUCUGGGGCUCCUGCAUUUGUCACUUUCUAUGCAACAGCAUGUUUUGUGCUUAUAUUGACUUAAUUAAAGUGUGUCCUUAAGAAAGGCUCUACCAGAGGAGCUCCAGUAUAUGUUGUACUUUUUCCAGCAUCCUCAAAAAUGUUGACACCUAUAAAACCUAUUACCUCUCUUGCAUGGUAAAAGUUGUUUAUUCUUUUUUCCUAAGGAAAAGUGUGUAAGCAUCAUACAUUUCUAUGUCUAUUAUUGAAUGUGUACACAAAUAGUGUAUUUAUACUGGAGACGAGUCUGAGCUGUUGGAUAUUUUUGAAUAGAGAGGAAGUACAAUGGCAUGCCUCACUUUGCAUGUAUGAAUAUCUGCACUGCAUAGCUUAUCUGUGUUUUUUUUAUUAUUUAGUUUCUUUACAAAUUCAGCAUUUUCAUUUGUAAACCACAACAUUCCAGACUGUAUUUCAAAACUCUAAAAAGCACUUCCUUUUGGAUUCACUGCAAAUAUCUGGAAGGUUAAACAUACUGAACUAUAUUGCCAGAAGUAUUUGCUUACCCAUCCAAAUGAUUGGAAUCAGGUGUUCCAAUCACUUCCAUGGCCACAGGUGUAUAUAAUCAAGCACUUAGGCAUGCAGUCUAAGGUUACAACAUUUUGUGAAAGAAUGGGUCGCUCUCAGGAGCUCAGUCAAUUCCAGCGUGAAACUCUAAUGCCACCUGUGCAACAAAUCAAGUCGUGAAAUAUUCCACUGUUAAAUUUGAGCUGUAUCAUAAGAACAUGGAACAGGUUUGGGACAUUAAUUGGCAGGCCACCUAAACUGAUGGAGCGGGGUCCACAGAUGCUGAAGCGAAUAGUGAGAAGAGGCCACCAACUUUCUGCAGUUAAUCACUACACACUUACAAACUUCACGUGGCCUUCAGAUUAGCUCAAGAACAGUGUUCAUAGAGCUUCAUGGAAUGGCUUUCCAUGGUCGUGCAGCUGCAUUUAAGCCAUACAUCAACAAGUGCAAUGAACAGCGUUGCAUGCAGUGGUAUAAAGCACAUCACCACUGGACUCCACAGCAGCUUCUCCAUCUGGCAAUCUGAUGGACUAGUCGGGGUUUGGCAGUCGCCAGGAGAACUGGCUGCAUUGUACCAAGUGUGAAGUUUGGUAGAGGGGGCAUUGUGGUGUUGGGUAGGAACUCUGAAAGUUUUUAAAUACCAAGACAUUUUGGUCAAUUCCAUGCUUCCAACUUUGUUGUAAAUAGUUUGGAGAUGGCCCCUUCCUCUUCCAACAUGGCUGUGCACUAAUCAAGGGCCUUAAAAACAAAGAUGGCAGAGUCUGGAGUGGAUGAACUUCACAGACCCGCACAAAGUCCUGACCUCAACUUGAUGGAAUACCUUUGGAAUGAAAUAAGCAGAGAAUGAGAGCCAGGCAUUCUCAUCCAGCAUCUGUGUUUGACCUCAUAAACAUUCCUAAAGCUGGUGGACAGCCUUCCCAGAGGAGUUGAAGCUGUUCUAGUUGCAAAAGAUCAGCAGACAUCAUAUUGAACCCCUAUAGACCACUUAAACUCACGUGAGUUAAGGCAGGUGAGUGAAUACUUUUGGCAAUAUGAAGAAUAUAUCCCAAAAGUCCUUACCAUCAAAUCAACUACAGUGUUAAAAAUUUACUUUUUCUUCUGAUUGACUUUAGUAAGCAUCUGAAACACAUGAUGAAUAGAAAAUACAUAAACACUUUAAACUAGAAAACAUUUAAAUCAUAUUCAUUUACAAAACACAAAUGCCUCAAAAGGAAAUGUUUAUAUUCCUUACACAUUAUCAACAGUAUUCAGAGAUUUUAUCUUUUUUUCAACUGUUUAUCUUUGAUUGUCAAAAUAAAAAUUUAGAACAUAUGCCAAGUGUC